AUGGCUGACCUAACUGUCAUGGCGCCUGAAGACCUUGAUUCCGAGGACAAGGAGAUGUUAAGCUGGGAUAUUAACGAUAUGAAACUGCCACAGAAUGUGAAAAAGACCGACUGGUUCCAGGAAUGGCCCGAUUCCUACGAGAAGCACAUCUACAGCUCAGAGGACAGGAACGCGCAGCGGCACCUGAGCAGCUGGGCCAUGCGCAACACCAACAACCACAACUCCCGCAUCCUCAAGAAGUCCUGCCUGGGCGUGGUGGUGUGCAGCCGCGACUGCUCUGCAGAGGAGGGCCGUAAGAUCUACCUACGACCCGCCAUCUGCGACAAAGCCCGGCAGAAGCAGCAGAGGAAACGCUGUCCAAACUGCGACGGGCCUCUGAAGCUCAUUCCUUGCCGAGGCCAUGGGGGCUUCCCGGUCACCAACUUCUGGAGGCACGACGGACGCUUCAUAUUCUUCCAGUCAAAGGGAGAGCAUGAUCAUCCAAAACCAGAAACCAAAUUGGAAGCCGAGGCAAGAAGAACAAUGAAAAAAGCACACGUGGCAUCUGCCUCUGUCCCCUUAAAGCUGAAGGAGAGCCCAGAGACAAAGUCUCUUCCAGGUGAAACCCAAAGUUGGGGAAGUUUUCCUUUAACUUGGUCUUUCCAGGAGGGCGUCCAGUUGCCCAGUAGUUACAAUGGACGUUUAAUAGCUAACACUCCCCAGCAGAAGUCUCUGAAUGAUUGCUUGUUCUUCUCCAAGAGCUGUUGCUUGGGGGGAACCACUGACCUGGCAGACCCCACUUCCACCUUGGGCCCCACUAAACUCUAUGACAAAUGCAAACUGUCCAGUAGUUGGAUCUGUAAUGGUGGGGACCUGCUUCAUCCUGUUUCCGGAGUCUUAUCUGACUACGGUGAUCGGCAAACAUGGAAUAUAAAUACUGCCUUGGGGAGACAGUCUCUUAAUGACAACUGUUGUCCCAGUUACCCUUUCCCUCUGACCAGCUGGCCUUAUGACUUCUCCCCUUCCCAGAGCUCUGCAGAACUCUUUCCCCAGCAGAUUCCAGUGGAACCGCCUGCGGCCGAAAGUAGCUGUCGCCCACUAUGGCCUAAUCCAGGGGGUGAGCUUUAUGAAGAGAGGCUGCAUGUGGAUUUUAACAGCUGCUGCCCUUCCUCCACAUGCCACUCACCUCAGGAAGACCCCUUUCUCUUUGCCUACGCCUCCCAUCCCCACCAUCAAUACUCAUUGACAGGCAAGAGCAGCAAAUGGGAUUUUGAUGAAGACAUGAGGGGCGUGGGUUUGGAUCAUUACAGCAAUGAGAUGCUUCUAAACCUCUGUCCUUUAAGAUGA